UCGGUGUGUGUUGAUUGAUAAACAAAGACGACUGUCGUAACUCUUCGACCCAAACCGAUAAUAAAUGUAACACAUUUCCACAUUAAUCUGUUUUUGACACCGUAGAAUGGACGUUUGUCCUGCAAACUGCUCAACGUCAAAUGCGGCAGAUAAGCCCGCUUGGAAAGAAGAAGCUGAACACGAGUGGGAUGAGUUACAUCCACGUAAAUUAAUUCCUGAAAUUUGUAAUCUGUUAUAUCAUUUGGGAUGGGUUACUGGGACAGGAGGAGGCAUGAGCAUCAAACGAGGGGAUGCAAUUUACAUUGCUCCUUCUGGUGUGCAAAAAGAAAGAAUUAAGCCAGAAGAUCUUUUUGUUCAAGACAUACAUGGACAUGAUCUGAAAUUACCUCCUUCAUCAAAAGGCCUAAAGAAAAGCCAGUGCACCCCAUUAUUCAUGUGUGCAUACACAGAGAGAAGUGCUGGUGCUGUGAUUCAUACUCAUUCAAAAAAUGCAGUUCUGGUCACUUUGCUUUGUGAUAAAGAAUUUAAAAUCUCUCAACAAGAAAUGAUAAAAGGCAUAUGGAAUCCAGGAUUAGGACGGUACAAUAAGUUCAAUGAAGAAAUUGUUGUCCCUAUAAUUGAGAACACUUGCUGGGAGUCAGAAUUGGAAGGUUCACUUCGAGUGGCCAUGCACAAAUAUCCAAAUACCAGUGCAAUAUUAGUUCGCCGCCACGGGAUUUAUGUGUGGGGAUCUACGUGGGAGCAAACAAAAGCAAUGUGUGAAUGUUAUGAUUAUCUGAUGGAAUUGGCGGUGAAUAUGAAACAACUUAAUAUUCCCUGGCAUGCAGUUGAAUGGCGUCCUUAACCAAUAACGUUUCUCAACAGCAUUGACUGAAUAUUAUCAGAAGAUGAAAAUAUAAACUAAUCUACAAAA